AUGGGAUCCCUAACAGCACCAAGCAACUGGCAAGAUAUUGUUGCAGCCAAGCGACAGGAAUGCCAGCAGAAGAUCCCUCGCGAGUGGCUGCUGAGCGCUGACCAGUUGGCGCUCGCGCAGAACAACCCGCGCUUGUUAGAAGUUGAUAUCCCACGUCGCAGUGGUCUAAUCUCCGAACUCGAACUAGAAAUAACGGAGAAGUAUUCUGCGGAGGAGCUGUUGGCGAAGUUGGCCUCUGGACAGCUCAGCUCGUUGGCGGUUACGACGGCGUUCUCUAAGAGGGCUGCUAUUGCGCAGCAACUCACGUCGUGUCUCACAGAGACCCUCUUCCACCAGGCACUUGAGCGGGCUAAAUAUCUAGAUGAGUAUCUCGAACGAGAGGGAAAGCCGGUUGGACCUCUCCAUGGUCUGCCCAUCAGUAUCAAAGACACCUUUUGUGUCGAAGGAUUGCAGUCUACGAUCGGCUAUGUCGCUUUUCUUAAGAAUCAACCGGCGAAGGCAAACUCGGCACUGGUGGAGAUGCUACUGCACCUUGGAGCGGUGUUAUACGUCAAGACCAACCUCCCACAAACCCUGAUGACAGGAGACUCCGAUAACAACAUUUUCGGCCGUACCCUAAACCCACACAACACGGCCCUAACAGCAGGCGGAUCCAGCGGCGGCGAAGGCGCACUACUAGCAUUCCGGGGAUCGAUUCUAGGAAUAGGAACCGACAUCGGCGGCUCGAUUCGCAUCCCCGCUCAAUGCUGCGGAGUCUACGGCUUCAAGCCAACUGCCGACCGCAUCCCCUUCGGCGGACAGGCCUCAGGCGCCGCGGAGGGAAUCCCUGGACUCAUUCCAGCCGCCGGUCCGAUGGCACAUAGCAUUUCCGAUCUCAGGCUGUUCAUGAGUGCGGUUGUUGGCAAUGGCCAGGCAUGGCAGUAUGACUCUGCUGCCAUCGCAGCACCGUGGCGACAAAUGGUCCCUGGGGUCACGCGUGCUGGGUCCUUGACCAUUGGUGUUCUGGCUGCGGAUGAGCAUUAUCCGCUGCAUCCACCUGUGAAGAGGGCUCUGGAUCGUGCUGUUGAGGCAUUGACGCGGGAUAAACAUAACAUCGUCCGAAUCGAUGGUGGUAGCGAUGAAGCACACAGUGUGGCGUAUGCGUCGCGUCUUGCGUUCCAGUAUUUCAUUUACGGUCCACGGGAAGACCAUAUUGCUGCCAGUGGGGAGCCUGCUGUGGCAUCUGUUGCUAAGGGGGCGUCACCGUUGUUCUCUGGUCCUCUCCCCGUUGAGCAGGGACUGGAGCCGUUUCAGACAAUCCAAGCAUUACAUGCAGCUCGGAAGCGAGUUCAGGAUGUCUGGAGACAGACGUUCGUGGAUCAAAAGCUUGAUGUGAUCCUGGCUCCGGCGGCUCAGGGUACAGCUGUAGCUCAUGACACAUAUGGAUGGCCUCCUUAUACGCUUCUGUGGAACUUGUUGGAUUAUCCCGCAUGUGUUAUUCCAUUCGGAAAAGCGUCGAAGGAGCUUGAUCCUGAUCCAAUGACAACAGGUGAUGCUGUGCAGCCGGACUAUCAUCCUGAUGAGGUGGACGGUGCCCCAUGUUCUAUUCAGAUCAUAACACCGCGCUUCCAAGAUGAGAAAUGUCUGUGGGCGACGGAGAUCAUUCAACGUGUAUUGAUGGACUAUGUCAAAGAGUAA